AGCAAGGGGCGGAUUCUGCGGCCGUGGGAGGCGGCGGCGGCGGCUCGGGGUUCCGAGCGCUCGCGGCCGUGCCAGGGAGCGGGACGCAGGCGGUUGCGGAGGCGGCGGCGGAGGAAGGGACCAGAGCGGGGGCGAGCUAGCGCGGCGGAAGCCACAGAGCGCGGGAGGGCCGGUGGCUGGCUCCGGGCGAGAGCCGGGCGGCAGCGACAGCUAUCGCGGCGAGCGAGUCACAGGCGGUGGGCGGCAGCAGCGGCCACGGGGGCCCGUGUCCGUGCGCCCCGGCGGCCACCGGGCGCGGGCCGGCACGAUGGAGCCGCAGCACGUGCGCCCCGCGGUCGCAGCCCGCAGCCCGGCCUGGGAGGAACCGGAACCGGAGAGGAUGGCCGGAGCGGGCAGCCAGCACCACCCUCCGGGAGUCGCGGGAGUCGCGGCUGCUGGGGCCGGCACCGUUUCCCCCACUGCUGCGGGACCAGGAGAGGAUUCUUCCGACAGUGAAGCUGAGCAGGAGGGACCCCAGAAGCUGAUCCGCAAAGUAUCCACCUCUGGACAGAUCCGGACCAAGACCAGUAUUAAAGAAGGACAGCUGCUGAAGCAAACCAGCUCUUUCCAAAGGUGGAAAAAGAGAUACUUCAAGCUUCGAGGCCGUACACUUUAUUAUGCAAAAGACUCAAAGUCCUUGAUAUUCGAUGAAGUUGACCUCUCAGAUGCCAGUGUCGCUGAAGCAAGCACAAAAAAUGCCAACAACAGCUUCACGAUAAUCACUCCAUUCAGAAGGCUGAUGCUAUGUGCUGACAAUAGGAAGGAGAUGGAAGACUGGAUCAGCUCUCUGAAGUCAGUGCAGAGCCGAGAACCGUAUGAGGUGGCCCAGUUUAAUGUGGAACAUUUCUCAGGGAUGCAUAACUGGUAUGCCUGCUCCCAUGCCCGGCCCACCUUCUGCAACGUGUGCAGGGAGAGCCUCUCCGGAGUGACCUCCCACGGCCUGUCCUGCGAAGUGUGUAAGUUCAAGGCUCACAAAAGAUGUGCGGUGAGAGCCACUAAUAACUGCAAAUGGACCACGCUGGCCUCCAUCGGGAAGGACAUCAUCGAGGACGAGGACGGUGUCGCCAUGCCUCACCAAUGGCUUGAAGGCAACUUGCCUGUGAGUGCCAAGUGUGCAGUCUGUGACAAAACCUGCGGCAGCGUCCUCCGCCUGCAAGAUUGGAAAUGCCUUUGGUGUAAGACCAUGGUCCACACCGCCUGCAAAGAUUUGUACCAUCCCGUCUGUCCCCUCGGCCAGUGUAAAGUAUCUGUCAUCCCUCCGAUUGCACUAAACAGCACAGAUUCUGAUGGUUUCUGUCGAGCGACCUUUUCGUUCUGUGUCAGCCCUCUCUUGGUGUUCGUCAACUCUAAGAGUGGAGAUAACCAGGGAGUAAAGUUCCUUCGUCGCUUUAAGCAGCUGCUCAACCCCGCUCAGGUGUUUGACUUAAUGAACGGAGGGCCUCACUUAGGCUUAAGGUUAUUUCAGAAGUUUGACAACUUCCGGAUUCUUGUCUGUGGAGGAGAUGGAAGUGUAGGCUGGGUUUUGUCAGAGAUCGAUAAACUGAACUUGAACAAACAGUGCCAGCUUGGGGUCCUGCCUUUGGGGACAGGCAAUGACCUUGCUCGAGUUCUUGGCUGGGGUGGUUCCUAUGAUGAUGACACCCAACUUCCUCAGAUACUAGAGAAGCUGGAAAGAGCCAGUACCAAAAUGUUGGACAGGUGGAGUAUAAUGACGUACGAACUCAAAUUGCCAGCGAAGACGUCUCUGCUUCCUGAACCCACAGAAGCAUCGGAAGAAUUUUUUAUGACGAUUUAUGAAGACUCGGUUGCCAAUCACCUUUCGAAAAUCCUCAAUUCUGACGAACACGCAGUGGUCAUAUCGUCUGCCAAGGUCCUCUGUGAAACCGUGAGGGACUUCGUUGCCAAAGUGGAGAAGGCACAGGACAAAACACUGGAAAAUACAGUAGUAGCCGAGGCCGUGGCCAGUAAAUGCUCAGUCCUAAAUGAGAAGCUCGAACAGCUGCUACAAGCCCUGCACGCAGACGCUCAGGCCAGUCGGGUGCCCCCGGGGGUCGGCCCUGCAAUCCCCGAGGAGGAUGCCGUGGAGUCCUCUAGUGAAGAGUCCUUGGGUGGAAGCAAGGACCAGCUCGUGAAUGACGUUGCCAAACCCUCCUCCCAGAAAGGCAUGAAACCCCAGGAAAUAAUGCUGCGUGCAAACAGUCUCAAGAAGGCAGUGAGGCAAGUCAUUGAAGAAGCUGGAAAAGUUAUGGAUGAACAGACAGUUCACCCCUGUGAAGCAGUUAGUCAGUCUGGUGACUAUGACAGCACAGAAACGGAUGAAUCUAAAGAUGAUGACACGAAGGAGUCGUCCGCAGCCAAAUCCUCAUCUCAGUCUCCUGAUGCCCAGGCAAGUCGUGGUCAUUUCCAAACUGAUUCUGCCGCUGGUUCAGCUGUGGCCGCCACCAAAGAAAAUCUCCCUGUGCUCAACACCAGAAUUAUCUGCCCAGGUUUAAGAGCAGGCCUUGCCGCCUCGAUUGCCGGGAGUUCCAUCAUCAACAAAGUGCUGCUGGCCAACAUCGACCCUUUUGGUGCCACACCAUUUAUUGACCCGGAUCUCGAUUCACUAGACGGAUACUCAGAAAAAUGUGUCAUGAACAAUUACUUUGGGAUUGGAUUAGAUGCAAAAAUUUCAUUAGAAUUUAAUAAUAAGAGAGAAGAGCACCCUGAAAAAUGCAGAAGCCGAACCAAAAACUUGAUGUGGUACGGAGUCCUGGGGACCCGGGAGUUAUUACAGAGAUCAUACAAAAACCUGGAGCAGAGGGUCCAGCUUGAGUGUGAUGGGCAGUACAUUCCUCUACCCAGCUUACAAGGCAUAGCGGUGCUGAACAUCCCUAGCUACGCAGGAGGCACCAACUUCUGGGGCGGAACCAAAGAGGAUGAUAUAUUUGCUGCGCCAUCAUUCGAUGACAAGAUUCUGGAAGUCGUUGCCGUGUUUGACAGUGUGCAGAUGGCAGUAUCAAGGGUCAUCAAACUGCAGCAUCACCGGAUAGCACAGUGCCGUACAGUGAAAAUCACCAUAUUUGGUGAUGAGGGAGUCCCUGUGCAGGUGGAUGGCGAAGCGUGGGUGCAGCCUCCAGGGAUCAUCAAGAUCGUGCACAAAAACAGAGCCCAGAUGCUAACGAGAGACAGAGCCUUUGAAAGCACUCUGAAGUCUUGGGAAGACAAGCAGAAGUGUGACGCCGGCAAGCCCGUUCUUCGAACUAACCUGUACAUCCAUCCCACCGCCGACCUGGCAGCAGAAGAAGUGUCGCAGAUGCGGCUCUGCUCCCAGGCCGCAGAGGAGCUCAUUACUAGGAUCUGUGAUGCAGCCACGAUUCACUGUCUGCUGGAGCAGGAACUGGCUCAUGCAGUAAAUGCAUGCUCGCAUGCCCUGAACAAAGCCAACCCACGCUUCCCGGAGAGCCUUACGAGAGAUACUGCCACUGAAAUAGCCAUCAAUGUCAAGGCCCUAUAUAAUGAAACAGAGUCUUUGCUCGUUGGCCGGGUUCCUUUGAACAAAUGUGAAAAAUCAUCUAAUCAGUUUCCUUAUACUAAAAGGAAAAUGCAGUUGGAAUCUCCCCAUGAAGAGCUGGUAUCCAGUGCCUUACACUCUGUGGAGGUGGAGCUGCAGAAGUUAACAGAGAUCCCCUGGCUUUAUUACAUCCUCCGCCCCAAUGAGGAUGAGGAACCUCCAAUGGAUUGCACCAAGAGAAACAGCAAAAGCACAGUCUUUCGCAUCGUGCCAAAGUUUAAAAAGGAAAAGGCUCAGAAACAGAAAACAAGUUCACAGCCUGGACCUGGGGAUCCCGAAAGUGGGUCACAUGAAGCGAAUUCUCCAGGGAAUUAAAGAGCUUGAGAGAAACCCUCCCAACUUGCUCUGAGGUGUGGUUGCACAGGUGCUAUUUCCUGGAAGAGAAGUCCUAGGGUCUCAAUACAGAGUUCUUGGAAGCCACUGCUGUUCUAGUGAUUUCCUGGUAGAUAUGCACCACUGAAGCACCUCUCUGGAUUGGAGUUUUGCUGUGGGUGAAAGUUUGGAUUUGAGGUAUUAGAAAAUCAUUUUUGUGCCAAAAACAAGCAAGCAAACAACCCAACCCAUUCCACGAAGCCAUUUUCUUACUGUGCAAACCUGACAUGCUAGAAAAUGCUUGCAGUAGGAAGAAGUGGGGGAAUGGUUGGAGGCAGUUGCCUUGUCUGAAAGGUGGAAUUCUCACUUGCGACCCUCCACUCUGCCUAGAGCAGGACUGGCAGGAGGCUCUUCCACGCAUGCGUAGCUGUGUCAACAGUAUGCAGCCGAACCGUCUCAGGCUUCCUCAGUGAAGGCAUUGGCUCCCGCCUAGACACCGCUGGUUAGGAGAUGAAGAUGGGAAUUGUAUUUUGAGUGUUUUCACCCUAAGUUCCCAGUAUCCACUGGUCAAAGAGUAUGGUGGGACCAACCCAUCACAUACUAUGAAUGACGUGAAUCUAAUGCACGAUGCUCCUGCCUGAGUUGUCUUUCUUUUUCUUGCAUGUCAUGUAUAUUACUGUAGUACUUCAGUAGCUGUAAUGUCUGUUAUAGUGGAAUUUAAUUUAUUACCACCUGACUACUCAAGCACUUUUUGGUUGGUUAAGGGCGCUUUUCUUCAGUGUGGACUUGGGAAAGAAUAUCCCACACCUAAGACUCUGUGCCAUGAUCAACAAAUGAUGUACAUCUUAUGCAGACCAAAUUGAUUUGCCUGUCCCAAACCAUAGGUGUGUGCAUUCAUAGAAUUGUUGGGCAUUUUCAUAAGCUUUACACCUUCUGUUGCCUAGCAAAACUUAAAUUGCAACUUUCCAAACCUCACAUUUUGUUCCCAUUUUUUUUUUCAUUUCAAUUUAAACCAUUUUGAGUUUCUGUUUGAAUUGGUAAGACUCUUGGCAUAGAGGAGUUGUCCAAGGUCUCAGCUGAGAUUUGCACCCUGAGUUGUAUGGACUAGCUGAAGCAAUUACUGACAUGAGGAAAUUUAAUGGAAGAUUUUAAUUUUGUUUCUUAAGGGCUUUUGUAUUACUAUCUUAUACAAAUUUUGAUAGUCUAUCAGGUAGAUAUCAUUUCCCUUUUAAAGAAACCAUUAUAUGUCAGUGUUGCUCAGUAGAAUUACCAAGUAUUUGAAAGCCAAAGGUAUAUAUGUCAAAAAAAAAAAGUAAAAAAAAAAUCUUUUUAAGUGUUUUCUGGUCAUUAUAUGCCAAAAAUUAAUUGGAAUAUUUGCAAGUUCUGUAUAUAAGAGGAGCAAGCAGGUUGCUGGUCCAGCGGAGACUGUUUUGAUAAAGUAAUUUGCUAGGUGCUCAGUAGAUAAACAUGCCCACACAUGUGUACACAUACCUGCCCAUAUACCCUUACCUGCAUAUAUACACUUUACAUAGUGUCUUGAGAUACAGUAUCCCUGGUAUUUUCUAGACAAAUAUUUGCUCAAUGUUUGACAUUUCAUUUUUAUUUCUAGCUUGGGUAUUUACUAGUAAAAAAAAAAAAAAUCACAAAAUUUAGAUACCUUAAACGGCAAAACCAAAAAAAAUCAACAGACAAUCUCGAUGGGUUCCUGACCAUAUAAGUGUGUCUGACUAUAUAUUUUUUUACCUAAAUUGUGCACAAUGGAAAUUUUCCAAAGAUAAUUCAUAUCAAGGCUUUUGAGCUGAUAAUAGGCCAACCAUUUAGUAAUUUUAAUGUUAUGCACACCUGGGAAGUUGAAUGUGCCCUUUGCAAUCCCUUUUGUAUACCCUCUGGUGAGAACCCUGCCAACACUUUCUGUGAAACCAGAUUAUCGGAGGUCAGAUUCACAGAACUCUCCCCAGAUCAUUGCUCAGGAGAAAGGGCUAGGGUUGGGGCUGGGGCUCCAGCAUAAAGAGUGUAUUACUAUAAAAAUAAUUAUUGAGUUUUCACCUUCCCCCAAAUACAUCUUUGUCAACAGAAAAAACAAUGUUCUAUUGACUACUUCCCUAGGGGUGGGCAGUGAUGGGCUUUGCUUUUGUUUGAUAAUCUUUGCAGUUCCUGCCAACACCUUUUAUGUAUCCUGUAGAAUCCCAACUCAUGGAAACUUUAAGUAGAAUGGCUUUGGGAUGAUGGAAAUCCUUUAAGAUGACAAACCCUUGGACCAGCGGUUUGUUCCCAUGUGAACGUUUUUCUCUGUAAUCCAUGUCCGCAGGGCUGGACUCCAGUAAGUGCUGAGGCCUGUUUACCAGCAGUGUGCUCUCGGAGACUCCAUCCGUCUCUGCUAGUGCCGUGAGGAAACCGUCUCAUCCUAAGUAGGGUUUCAGAAACAGGACAGUGGGGAUUGCCUCUCGCUAAGAUCCAGCCACAUCUGGGAAUGUAGAGGACUGUGUCUUUGAUCCUUGAUGAAGUGGAGAGAGACUAGAUGCUCACCUGUGCACCUGUCUGUAGCUUGCUCUUGUCUCUAAAUUAUUUAAGGUUCAUUUGUUGCCCUCCACCCCAAAGGAAAGGAACAGAGUCAGGUUUAAGUAAAACUCGGGGUGACUCGGGUCACCCAAAUUCUUACUGCCUUCUGCUCCCCUUUCUCCAUUACCCCGUGAGACCUUUCACCCCCCAGAUUUCUUUUUUCAAUGUCAUUUAGCAAAAUGUUGGGGCCAAUUAAAUAAGUUUUCAAUUUGCUAGAUAAUUGAACUGAAUUGAUGGGUUAGGUCAUUUAGAAAUAUAUUGCUGUGGUUGAGGAGAGAGAAACUGUGGGUGUUCAGAUCUGUGCUGUCUGGUAUUUCAGCCUCUGGAUGCCUGUGGCUGUUAAAUGUGUUUAUUCUUACUAGAAACUUCAUCUAUUAAUUGUACCACCCACAUUUUGAGGGCCCUGUAAACAUAGAUGCAAAACAUUUCCACCAUGGCAAAAAUACUCCAUUUGACAGCAGUGGACUAGGUCGCUGCUACUCAAAAUGUGGUCCCUGGGUCCAUCAGCGUCGAUGUUAUUUGGGAGCUUACAAAAAUUGCAGAAGCUUGAAGUGAACAAGAUGGUUCAGCAGGUCUAGCAACAAGUUUGAUACCAGAUGCCACAUAAAAGUGGGAGAAGAAAACCACUUAGAGACUUGUCCUCUGGCCUCAGUAUGCCCACCCUAGCAUGCUCACCCACAUGUGCCAUCCAUACACACACAAUAAUAAAUAAAUGAAUUUUUGAAUGCAGAACCUCAGGUCCACUCCAGAUCUGCUGGACCCGGAUCUUCCUUUUAGUCCUAUUUCUCCAGCCCCUAGAGACUUUGAGCUGCCACUGACCCAUCCACAGUUGUGCAGUUUGUUAUUCAUGUGAUAUGCUCAGUGGCUCAUGACUUUAUUCACACUGAACGUCCCAGAAGAAUAUGUCCUGAGAUAAAGAUUAGGCAGUCUUCUUCAACUUGCACAUUUUCAUUUUCUUGUAUCAGUAGAUUAUCCUGUUAACCUAGUUCAUGUUUGGAGACACGAAGCAGCCCACACAUAUUAGAUGAAUCACUAUGCAAAAGAACAAAACAAAAAAAGAGAAAGAGAGAGAGAGAAAGAAUCAAAAUGAUCACAAGGAAAGUGAAUGCCAUUUAAACUCUGAAAGCAGGCCUAUUUUGCUACAUUUGGGUCCCUUUGUCGUGUGCCGACUCCUGGAUUUUUACAUGGUUCUUGAUCCCUUAAAAAUAGAUCCUGAAAAACAAUAUGUUCUUGGCCUCCAAAUUCAAAUUGUUAACUCUAUAAUGAGAUUUCUCUUUCCCAGUGAUCUAUUGUCAGGAAUCUGUCUGUUAAUUAUUUUGAUAUUUUGAUAUAAAUUACCCAAACAUAGCUUCCUAACUACUUUGAUCUAUAAGAUCUUAACUCUUUUUGACUCCAUGGGUUAUUUUGACAUGAAUUGACAAGCUACGAAUGAAACAUAUCGGUGGCCCCUCAGCAUAGCCCUUGCAGAAUAAAUCGUUUACCACUCCAACAGGGUGAACUUCCAUUUUCCAAGGGUCAUUUCUUUGGGGCUGUCAGUUUUGAUUAGGCUGUAAAAUCAAUUCCUUUUUCACCUCUGAUUUCUAGUGUCUCUCUCAAUGGACACAUUCUCUGUAGUGUUAGGUUUUCAAACACCUACCUCUCCCCAGUACAGGUGUUGAGCGGGGGAGGAAUUGGGAAUGAAGCGUCCUCUGUGGCUUCCAGGACUUGGCUGCUGGGCCUCCCCAAGAGUCGUGACCCCUCCCCUAGUUUAUUGUUGCUGUGGUAUCCUCAGUUGACUUUUGUAUCACAAUCUCUGUCUUAUUGGUACCUUAGCAACAGGAUCCCUUCACAAAGAUGUAACUAGAACUCUUGGAGAGUGAUAAUUAUUGUUGUUUUAUAAUAAGCAAAGCCUUGUUUUUCUUUAUUAUUAUUAUUUUCCAGGGUUUGUUUAGAGAUGUUUAUGUUAGAAGAAAAUAUAUAAAGGUUUGUUGAUAGAAAAGACAGAGAGCUAAAAACAGCUGGACUGUACCUGCCUUUUUCUAUACUUGUCUCUGUUAUUUUCAGGUAAAGAAAUUAAACAGAGUAGCUAAGACUGUAUUAACUCAAUAACCAUGCUUAAGAUAGACUCCACAUUAUAUAUUAUAGAUGAACAGCUUACUUCUUUUUAUGUAAUUUAAGAUAUUGUAUUUACAUUAUUUAAUAUACUCUUAAUUUUUUUGCACUUCCAAGUUUUAGUUGGAAAAUAAAAAGCGAGCCACAGCUUUAAACUUUUUUUUUUUUUUAAAUCCAUGUAAAAAUAUUUUCUUUCAGUUACAAGUUACACAUUGUGUAAGACUUUGUGACUAGUCUGGGUAAUUCAUACUGUCUAGAUUUCAAGAGUAGAUUAGCCAGCCGAACACAGGGUUACGUAUAAAAUGCAUUAAUAUAAGGACAUUUCAUACUCAGCUGAUGCUCUCAAGGUAGGAUAAUGCAAUUGAAUAUGUAAGCCAACAAGGAAUGUGGUUUAUGACCCUUACUAUUGGAUUGCGGUGUGGUUCUGCACAGCUUAGCCCUUUCCAUGGCUACAUUCUGAGAUUUCAACACAUGUGCAGCCGAAGGCUGCUUACAGUGCUGGUAAGUGCUACCUGGGGAUGCGGAAGACUUGGGUAGAAUAGCACAUCCAGUGUUGUGAGUCAUAUAUUGUAUACUGAAGAUGACUGAUACAUUGGAGUAAUAUAUUUAUUAUCUAGAGCUGGUAAAUAUGGAAAUUAUUUUCAAGGAAAUUGCAUUGGCUUUUCUCUGUCAACGAGAUAAAAGUCACUCGUAUGUUUAAAUCUAUUGUACAACAGCUGUCUCCUUUACUGGUAUUAUUAAUUUUCAUAUUACAACUUUUCUUACCUUUUUAUACCAAAAGGAUUAUCAUGCUGGUUAUUCAAACUUGCCAAGAUGUAUUUGAGUUUGCAAACCUUUUAGCAGAUAAAACAUUUAAUAACAAACAGAUAUAAAAGCUUUGUAUAUUUUGUGGCUUUAGGGGCAAGAACUGUACCUUUGAAUUUCUCUCUGUGAGACAGUGCUGACGUCAGCACCGUCCCUUGAAGGCAGUAUUACUUAGAACCAGUUGUAUAAAUCAGUGCCCUUAUUUAUUCUGUUGUGAAAUAUACUCUUUAUACAGAAUGCGUAUUUGAACUCCUUUUGUUUUACUGCUGUUGCCUGGAGUGUAAUAGCUCUGUUAAUGGUUGACUUAUAUACUUGAAAUGCUCUUUUCUGUCAAACAGAUGCCCAGUGUUUUCCUUCCUAAAAACAAAACAGAAAAAAAAAAAAACCAAAAUACAAAAUUCUAUUUUCUUUCCUGUCUUAGGUAACUGAAUAGUCAUAGAAACUUUUUUCUAUAAAAUGAUUUUUAUAUCUAAAAAGUCACAAAGUAGAGAGAAGGCACGAGAAUGAAUAGUGUAGUCCAGAGAUCUGCCUUGCUAUAUUUUGCCCCGUGUAUGUUAUGCCUUCAAUCUGUAACUCUUUCCUUCUGUGGAUUUUUAGCUUUGUGGCGGGGGCAUUGUCUUUGAUUGCACUGGCCAAUUCCGACAAGCACUGAAUCUUGAAUCCUCCCAAAGAUCUCAGACCUCUAAUGUCUAAACCUCUGUUCUAAAGGCUGUGCUUGACUUCUGUUUCUAUGUGAUUGUGGGCCACGCUGCAAAUGGUACCCUGGUGGAUGUUGUUUGCUUACUUCUGUCAAGUAAUUAGCAAAUUUUUUCUGAUUUUCAUUUGGAGACAUUCUUGACUCAACUAUUUAAAAACCCAAACAUUUAAAAGGCAGUUGCCCAGUAUUGUUGUCAGGGAAGGAACAAAACUCCAACUGAACGUUGUAAAGCUAAGAAAACACUUUAAUCCAACCGGUUUCUCUGAUGUGAACAGCAGGUGAGUUGUGGGUUAUUUAAGCCUCUUAGGAAAUUAAGAAUCAGCUUGCUUUUAAUGACAAAGCUUUCUAUUAUACUGUUGUAGAUGCAUUUAUUGAGGAUAGAAUAAAUGAGACUAUGUUAGACUCGUAGCUGAUCCAGGAACUUGGGGCAGUUUGGCAUGGCCUAGGAAGAAAGAAUUUGAACAUAUCUUUCAUGUUGUAUUGUGGAAGGAAAGAGCACGAAAUACAUGACCUGGUGGGCAGUGCACCUCAGAAAGCUCCAGCUCCAUCGGUCAGGGCUGAGGUCCUUCCUAGAAGUUAGAUGGUUAACUCUCCAGGAAGCACGUUUACCGCAAAAACAUUACAGGUCAAUUGAGGAGGCGGUUUGGGUGACCUAAUCCCUAUGGCAUUUAGAACAGCCCCUGCAAUUGUUUAUUUCACGUGGUAGAGAUGUCUGUGCUUUCUCAACUCAGCAGUAGGCAGCGGGGAACUAGUCACAGGGGCUUAGAUGACUCCUGUGAAGGACAUGGUAAAGGUGACUCAAUCUGUAACUUGAAGACCAAAGAAAUUUUCAUGAAUUAGCUGAGCUUUGAAAUGUGUUAGCUCUGAUACUUUUUCCUUAAGAUUCGUUUUUUUUUUCUUUUAUUUAUAGUAUUUAUAGAGAACUCACCUUUUGUUACCUGAAGAGGUUCGUUCAGUUCCACCCUGUCAUGGCUCAUUGUGGUUUUUUUUUUACAACCAAUAUAUUUUGAUGUCUGGGAUUCCCCGUUUGAAGGGUUGCCCAACACAGCCACUUGCAAGUAAUUAAUCAUUUUUCCACUCUAAGAAAGGACAGAUAUCAGCCUGAGUCCUACCUCAAUUUACGAUUUCUUUCCUAGUGUCAUUUUAGUUCUAACGGAAAGAGAAAUCUAGUAACCCUUGACAUUCUGUGUAGAGGUGGAAGAGCCUGGGGCCCAACAGGAGAGAACUUGGUCUGCGCGGUUGAAGCCUCAACGGGUUCAGUUCCCACAUGGCAAGAGCAGAAAGAACAAGAUGCAGGUGAGGUUGAAUGAGUAACCAGAGUAGAUCAUGGGUCUUUUAAUCUAUAUAUUAUUCAUUUCAACUGGAAACUCACUCCUGACAUCUUCAGUUAAGGCAGUCUCAGGUUUUCCAUGUUCAUGUUAAAUGGCUGUUUUAUUGAGACUUUUUGACUAAUGUUUUUGAAUUAUAUUUUUAUACAGUCACAAAUAAAAACUCAGAACUCCUUGAAAGUCUUAUGUUUGUGAGGACACAUGCCCUCUGAGCAGACAAACAGAACAUCAACAGGCAAAGUCAUUGUUUUGUCAAGGAUCACCAUUUGUUAAUUAUGUUUCUUUAUGUCACAAGUGUUUGCCAGAUCUGAAUUCUUGUUUCUGAAAGUGAAACAUAAAUUUCAACAUCACUGCCAAAAUCUUGCUUGUAUUCAUAUACUUGCCCUACAGAUUGUCUUUCUAUUCUGUACACUCAAUACGUAGAAUCUUCAUAGACAAAUGCAUAUUGAUUGUGAGAUUUGGAAAAGAAUAAAAACAAUAGUAAAAGUGGAAUUUUUAAAACAGCAUCUACUCAAGAAGGCAUAGGUGAAAUUCGUAUGAUUUCAGGCCGUUUACUAUUAAUCAUGAUUGUAUGACAAAUGUAGGAAGCUCUGUCGUUGUCAUUGCCCUUAGCGUGGAGACUGAAACAUUUGCUGUUACCCAUGGGCCUGUUUUCCCUAUGAUUGGCUGAAGCCAUCCUACCGUGUCCCUAGGUAAUGACAAGUGAGCACAGUGCUCUUUCAGUUAAAUUGCUUGAGUGGACACCGAUCAGUGCACAUAGUAAAAGUGGAGCGCUCUCUUCCAGGCACUGGUAAGCUUUCCCUACUGCUCUAACUUGGGCACUGACUAAGAUCCUAACAAUGGAAAACUAAGACGUGACUUGUGUCUGGUAGAGUUUAAGUUUGUUCUCAAGGUGCUCUUCCUGAAGUCUGUUUAAAGAAACAAGUAGGAAUUUUUAAAAAUUUUCUCAGGCUGUUUCAGUUUCACCCCGCCGUCCUCCAAAAUCAACCAAAUCCACAUCAUCAAGAAGCAAUCCCAUUUUUAUUUCCGCAAUCGUUAGAUUUUCAUGUUGGCCAUAGUUCCUGCCAUCGCUGAUCAAGUGUGUGCUUCAUUAACCCCAUACUUCGCUGCUUCUGCUACUACAGGGGCUGUGCUGAGCCCUAGCAUCUGCUUUACGGAACCAGGGUAAAACUAGGCUUUCUUCUGGGAAGGCAGAAAUCCAUGACAUUUAUAGCAAAAUACAUUGUAAACCCACAGGCAAGGAUGGAGGUCUCACAGUCGUGCUUCUAGGAAAUGGGAAAGCUUUGUUUGAAGCUACAGGUUGGUGUCAGCACCUUAGGUAUGGAGAGCAGGAAGCAGUGGCAUUUAACGGGUAGCAUAUGUACUUCAGCAUAUAGUAAUAUCCUGGUAUUUGUAUGCUGCAAGGUUCCGAUAUGUAGAUGAAACACAGCAAGUGUUUGAGAUAUGGCAGUGUCUUCUAAAUAUUUACUGAUGGGUAGGCUAUAGGUUUCCUUUAGUAGAAUGAAGAAAAAAAUGUCUUUAUCUUUCCUGUCAGUGAGAUUGUGGGGGUGGGGGUGGGGUCUCUGCUGGUUUGUAUUUUCCUAUUUCAACAAGUAUAUAUUGAAGUCAUUAUUUUCUGCCAUAUAAGAUAUCAACCAUUUUUAUGUCCCUUAGCAAAAGUCUCAACUUGAUAACUUUUUUUGCUUAGUUCAGCUUUGUAAAUGGUCCACAAAAGGAGGGGGCAAGGAAGGCUGGGCACUGUGGCCUUGUACCCAGCACAAUCAUUUCACUUUCAAUAAAGAUAAUCAGAACAUGUUUUCCUCCUGUUACCAUCACGAUGAGAGCCGAACAGCAUAGCUCUUUCUCCUCCUUCUAUUGUAAAAGUAGUUUUAGUUUGGCCUUGCCAUAUUUAUAGCUAAGAAUUUACUACAUUUUGGUAGUCUGUUUUGAAACUAAAUACUUGUAUCUGAAAGACGCAGAUAAAGUCUGCCUAUUUCUUACACAGUGGGCUCUGUUUGCUCCAGAAAAGAGUGAAAUUUUUACCUGCUUAGCACACUUGCCAUUGAGAUACCUGACAGAGCAGAGGUUAUAACUUUGGCUCUAAUUACUUUUAAUAAUGAUAAGACGUGACUUUUGUUUGUUUACAUGCUGUUUACAAUGGCAUAAUUUUUAAAAUCUAUAUGACAAUUGAGAUAUUUAUUGCAUACUAUUUUAAAGAUGUUUUAAUGUGUUUUCACCUUUGGAAUAUAUUGUUACAUUUCCUUGUACAGAUAAUUUGGGUGACUUUGUUAAUGUAGCUAAUAAUUUUUAUGACUACUAAGUGACCAGUUUCGGUGCCUUCUAUCGUGAGAUGCACGACUAUGUAUUUAUUGUAAGGAAGUCACUGAUGUGUGUAUUUUUGUGCUUUGCUGAGAGUAAUGGUUGGUGUACAUGAUGAGAGAUGAUGAGAGAUGUCUUUCCCAAGGGCACUGCCUUCAGAGUGACCUUCUCAAAUAAAAAAG